AUGCACCCACAAACACCAACGUACUCUGAUGCCCGCUCCGAGAACAGCGUGAGCUUCAACAACGUCGCCCGCUACGGCCGCAGGGGUGUUGACUACAGCAAGUUCCGCACCCGCACGUGCCGCAACUACGCGAUGGGCCUCCCCUGCCCCUUCGGCGAGAACUGCGCCUUCUCGCACGGCGACGCCGAGCCGCAGGCCGCGCGGGUGGAGGAGGGCGAAAUGCCGCCGCCGCCGCCGUACGCGGAGGCCGUCGAGACGGAACUGCUGCUGCCCCCCGCAUACCCCUCGCGCUUCCGCCACGACCCGUACAGCUUCAGUGGAGUUUUGUUCGAAGAAUAA